AUGGCCUCCAGGAGAUUCGCGGGGUAUCAGUUCUUCAACUUGACAGUCCCGAGUCAGCAUGUGAUCCAUGUCGAGAUCAAUCGGCCGCAGAAACUGAAUGCCUUCUACGGGCCUAUGUGGUUCGAGUUGAAGGAUAUCUUUGCGAAACUAUCAGUCGAUUCUGAAAUCCGAUGUAUCAUCCUCUCAGGGGCCGGGGAUCGAGCAUUUACAGCAGGACUCGAUGUUGAAGACGCCGCGAAGCCGGACAACACCAUUUCGGCCUCAGGAUUUGCGGACCCCUCGCGCAAAGCCACUGUUCUGCGGAGGCAUAUUGUCGAGCUACAAGAAGCCAUCUCAACCGUAGCCCGCUGUGAAAAGCCGGUGGUCGCGUUGAUGCAUGGCUAUGCGUAUGGACUGGGGAUCGACCUGUCAUCCGCAUGCGACAUCCGGUUCUGCACAGCUGACACCAAGUUCUGCGUCAAGGAAGUGGACAUAGGCUUAGCAGCAGACGUGGGAACGUUGAGCCGGCUUCCCAAGGUGGUGGGCGGAGUGACGAGCUGGGUCAAGGAAGUGUGCCUCUCUGCAAGACCCUUCUCGGCGCAGGAAGCGCAGCACAACAACUUUGUCAGCCGGGUGGUCGCCGGCGGCAAGGCUGAAUUGAUGCAGGAGGGAUUGGAUUUUGCGAACUAUCUGGCCAGCAAAAGUCCUGUGGCGGUGCAAGGAACGAAGAACAUUCUUGACGCCGCCUGGGGCAGGACGGUAGAAGACAACCUCAACUAUACGGCAGUCUGGAACCAGGCCAUGCUGCAAAGCACAGAUGUUCAACGAGCAAUCCUGAGUGGCCUGCAAAAGAAGUCGCCAACGUUUGAGAAGCUAUGA